AUUGAAGGGCAGGGUACAACCGUCUUGAGACGGGUAAGGAUGUGCUGCCAGAACACCCUUUUCCUUCUGAUAUGGGGACUGGAUCUGAUUGAUGAAGCAACGGAAAGCCAAGGAAUUAAAGUGUUUCAUAGACCAAGCCCAUGAAGGAGGAAGUUGUAAUCCUUAUGCCAAACCUUUUGUUGCUUUGCAUGCUUGGCUUGCUCAACUGCCCUGCUACUGAAUCCGCACCUGGGUUUCUACUUUAAUGUGUCAUACAUGGUUUGUUCAAAUUUUCAAAACAACCCCAGUUGCUAUACUUCUAUUUCUAGGUAUAUCAGAGCCAUAUCUGGGAGAAUGACCAUGAUUCUUCACUCUCUCCUCAGCUUUCUCUGAGAUAACAAAAAGACAUGGCAAUCCUCUCAGAACGAACAAUUGUGCUACUCUUCUUUCUUUCUUCUCUUAUCAUCCAUGGAAGCCCAAAGCCUACCCUCCUCUACAGCUUUUGUACUGAAAAUUCCAACUAUGUCCCCAAUAGCACUUACCAGAGUAGCCUCAACCUCCUCCUCACUUCCCUGUCGUCAGAUGCUACAAUACUUAACGGCCGCAAAUUCCACAACACGACCGCAGGCCAAGCGCCAGACAUGGUAUAUGGCCUCUACUUAUGCAGGGGAGAUGUCACAGACGCAGUAUGCCAGGACUGCGUCCAGACUGCAAGUCAAGAGAUCCUGACCAAGUGUCCCAACAGAAAAGAGGCACUAAGUUGGUACGACCAGUGCAUGUUUCGGUACUCCAACCGAUCAAUCUUCUCAAUCAUGGAAGAAAGGCCAAGUUUGACUAUGUCUAACACAUUCGAUAUGGAGGACCCAGAUAGGUUUGAUCAGAUUGUGAAUGAAACCAUGGUGGGUUUGAUUGAAAAGGCUACCCAUAAUUCUUCUGAGAGGGACAUGUUUGAGACUGGAGAAGCAAAUUUUAAUGCGUCCACCAAGAUAUAUGGCUUGGUGCAGUGCACACCAGAUUUAUCCGGCAGUAAUUGUAGUACGUGCCUCGAGAAUAUUUUUUCUCGUAUUACCAAUUGUUGCCUUGGGAAGCAAGGGGCCAGGAUUCUAGUUCCCAGCUGCAACUUCAGGUACGAGUUGUACCCUUUCUAUGGGGACUUAGCAGCAGCUACACCACCUGCACCUGCACCUUCACCUCUGUCACCUCUGUCACCUCCAGGUAAAAAGGGAAACUCGUCCCAACUUCUAAUUGCUAUCAUUGUUCCAGUAGCGGGCACAUUGAUAAUUUCUGGCUUCCUUUGCUAUUGUUGGCUAAAUAGGAAAAGGAAAGCAAAGAAGAAAUACAGUUCUACAGAAGAGGAAAAAGUUGAGAAUGAUAUCACCUCUGUGCAGUCAUUGCAAUUUGAUUUCGGCACACUUGAAGCUGCUACAAAUAACUUCUCUGAUGAUAACAAGAUUGGUGAAGGUGGAUUUGGUGAUGUGUACAAGGGUACACUUUCUAGCGGAAAAGAAAUUGCUAUAAAGAGGCUAUCUAGAAGCUCUGCACAAGGCGCAGUAGAAUUCAAGAAUGAGGUUGUAUUGGUAGCCAAGCUUCAACACAGAAACCUAGUGAGGUUAUUGGGAUUUUGCUUGGAAGGGGAAGAGAAGAUACUUGUCUAUGAAUAUGUGCCCAACAAAAGCCUCGACUGCUUUCUGUUUGAUCCUGAUAAACAAGGACAACUGGAUUGGUCUAGACGGUAUAAGAUUAUUGGAGGAAUAGCUCGAGGGAUUCUUUACCUUCAUGAAGAUUCUCAGCUCAAAGUUAUACACCGUGAUCUAAAAGCCAGCAAUGUUUUGUUAGAUGGUGAUAUGAACCCAAAAAUUUCAGAUUUUGGCAUGGCAAGGAUUUUUGGAGGGGAUCAAACUCGAGGAAGUACCAAAAGAGUUGUUGGCACAUAUGGCUACAUGUCUCCAGAGUAUGCAAUGCGUGGACACUUCUCUGCCAAGUCAGAUGUAUACAGUUUCGGUGUCCUAGUUUUGGAGAUAAUAAGUGGCAAGAAGAUCAGUCGUUUCUACGAAUCAGACCAAACUGAGGACCUUCUAGGCUAUGCAUGGAAACUUUGGAGGGAUGGUACACCCCUGGAAUUGAUGGACCCGAUCAUGAGGGACUCUUAUGCAAGAAAUGAAGUCAUUAGAUGCAUCCAUAUGGGUUUAUUAUGUGUUCAAGAAGAUCCUGAUGACAGACCAUCCAUGGCAUCAGUAGUCCUCAUGCUCAGCAGUUACUCUGUUACUCUACCAUUGCCUCAACAACCAGCAUUCUUCAUUGGCAGUGGAACGCAAUCAGGCUUUCCAAUAAAGGCAGAAUCAGAUCAAUCUACAAGCAAGUCAACGCCAUGGUCUGUGAAUGAAACAUCGAUUAGUGAACUAUAUCCUAGGUAGGCCGAAUAUACUAGGCAAUAUCAGAUAUGCUUAAUUAAAAAGAAUGAACUUGAUUUCUAAGGUUAAUGUGGUUUUUGACUGCUCAAAACCUUAAAGUAAUGCAUUUCCAAGUUUAGUCAUAAUGUUUUACCGUUUGGAAACAAUCUAAUAGUGAGGUGUGUAUUUUUUCAAUUUACUUUAAUGUGUCAUAUUUGUUGUUGGUGA